AAUAUCCAUAUAGAUUAUUUAGAAUCAUAUAUGUUAAAUAGAUUUGGUGAAUUGAGCUUUUGCCUAUGGUUCGAGCCUUUAUAGAGUUACUGCUGUCGGCGCUUUACUCCGGAGGGAGUAACGAGAAUCCCAUCACCUACAAGGUUCACUGAAGAAGAAAAAAAACCUAACAAAAGCCUCCACAUACGUGAUUAGAAUGGGUCACUUCACGACGCGAUUUGUCGGUCACAUUUAUACCUAAUUAUUUAUUUAAGUCUUGAUGAAACUCACAAGAACGUGGCCAGCUUGUCAAGAGCGACACGAGAAAGUCAUGCAGGAUUCUACAUAGAAACGGCAGUUACAAAAAAAAAAAAAAAUUCAAGUUCUAUACUGCUUGAGAGGAGUGGAAUAUUGCUGGGGUUCAUUGUAAAAAAGAAAAGGAAUGUAGGCAAGCCGAAAACGGACAGGAAGAAUGUGGUCAAUCUGGACUGUGUAACAGACACGCGCAGAUGAGUCGAAAGAAAAAAAAUAAAUAGGUUUAAGGCGGGUAUGACCGCGAAGCGCGUCAAGGCGCUGUGAUGUUUCGGAGCACAUGUACUAGAAUAAACCCAUUGAUAAAAAUGUGUUGUAAGGUUGUUUCUGUGAUAUUGGCACACUGCCUCACCAGAUUGGCUAACUGUAUGCUAUGGCAGUAUACGCAAACAAAGUAAAACCAACCGAUAUUAACAUGACGCUUUCAUUAAUAGUUGAGAUUUUGGUCAUCUUGGGAAUAUAGCCUACUGGACGGUGCUUGAGGGGAGAAGUCAUGCGCUCAGCUGCUACGGCUGAAAAAUUAUUUCCCAAACUGAAAAAGGGACGAGCGAGAAUGAAGUCUGCAGAACGUACGAUAGCCGCGAUGAAACCAGGCACUUUGCCAAUACCAAAGAGACGGUCUUCACUUCAAGGGAUUACUGAGCAAUGCGUGACCAAUUUAUUCACGCCAGUGCGUUGGGAGGUACUGAUGCAACCAUUGUGCGUUUAUCUAUAGCUGACGGAACCAGUUUCAGCUUACGACCACGAGGACGCGUCAAUUGUGUAAGACAAUAGGUCGAACAGAAAGGGGAAAAAAGAUUUUCCUUUUGGUAAAGACAACUAAUUUGAACCACACACCACUUAACAUUACUUAACACACGCCCGCAUGUCUGUGCAUCAGUUUAUUUUCUGGUAUGACUUUUUACAACUAGUGAUAGCAGAAUGAAUUAUAAUAACGCUAUCAUACAUUGCAGAUAAACGACUGAGCCGUAUCAAAUUUGGGGGUUGAAGGUCCGUUUUGUAACUGAACACGCUGCGAGAAAGAACUUAAACAGGAAUACCAAAUAAAAGAGAAAUAAAUAAAAGAGAGAACUACUUGUUUGACGAACUAAUUUACCAAUUAGCCUAUUUGGAACAAGGAUUUGACCCCCUUCGACGGGAUCAAAUGUGACUCGGUCGAGCAUUUCGCCAGAGAAAUUGACCAACGCACAGCCCAGGCUUUGUAAAAGGCUGUAUGCGCUGGAGAGAACCAUUGGCCGUGACUAAAAUUAUCUGAAGCUCUAGGUCCUAAUGCCCCAUGUUCAAAAGGCAGGUGUUCUACCUGUCCUGCUCUUAAAUCUACCUCACCUGACAGCUUCACCUUUCUAUCCACUGUGACAACAUGAAAUACUAUUGCUUCGGGCCCGGGUUAGUGAACCCAAUACCUUUGGAAGCAUGGGAUGCACACUGAAGCAUGCGCGCUUGGGACGCGACAGACACAUGUUCUGACACAUUGCUGUAUAGCACAUACCUUACUGUUGUAAUAACGCAGUAUUAACAUGGAUAAUUACAAUAAUUGUAUGGUUACAACAGUGACAGAUUUUAUUCCAAAGAGGCAACAGUAUACUGAAACAGUGUUUUAGGUGGUCAAAUAGCCUACGUAUAAAAGCCGAUAUAGGUUGUGUAUAUAGGACCGAUUUAAGAACUCUUUUUCGCAAGUCGGUGAAAGAUGUUCACUGUUGUUUACUAACUCAAGUGCCAAACCUAUUGCAUAACAAAUUAGGUCAUUAAAAUUCCAGUGCCUAAAAUAGACUAUAUCAAAUUGUGCAUAAGAGUUGACACUCAACAUAAAAAGUUAAUCCAAAACUUAUGGCUUUCCUAUUUUAGCUGCACGGUGCUUAUUAGGUACCCCAAUGCCGGAAUGUCCGCCGUAGCCGCGCAAAGUGGAAGGUUGACAUCGACUUGUGUGCGUUUUUGUGUAUUAAGGGACAACGUUCGUGCGCGUUGCUCGGUCGCGACGGCUGCUGGCAGUAGACCACUCUCUCCCUCUCUUGCGCUCUGGCUGCUGCUGUGUUAUUUUCCAGCUUGGAGCCCCAACCCGCACGGCUCGAUCGAUUCGCAUUGAUUGUCCCUGACGAGCUGCUCCACUUUCCAGCCAAUGUCAGCCCGUCUGCGAUCGGGAAGGAGAGAAAUGAAGGAAAAUCUCUGCCGCCCUGGCGGUGUCAUUUCCACACACUUCAGCUGGCCGCCCGCCAGCAGACAGGACACUUACAAGAGGUGGAGUGGACUCUCGCAUCGAGCGCGAGGAGGAACAGAGUGCGCAGCCGAUUCCGGCCGGCGACACCACGGCUGACCAUUGCCGAGCCACUCCGACACACUACAGGCAGGAUGUAGAGGUGGGAUUGCAAGAAUCGAAAGGUUGGAGAGCCCGCUCGCUCGCUUCCGAGAAAGUACGUUUACAACAAUUUAUCAUUUCGUUUCCCUUCCGUUGAUUCCGGACUUGGCUUGUAAUAUUUCCGUUGGGUUCGAAAAUUUUUUUCUUUCUUUUUGACACCAAUCUCCGCAGCAGGCACGGAGACGGACCGCUUGGACAGUUGGAUCCCUCCCCUCCGUUCGGAUCUGCUUUGGUUUCAGUUCGUCUGGUGAAAGAUGCGGAUGAAGACAGAGAUCUAGCGCCGGGUCACGGGUUCCGGGGGCUUCUAUUGGCCCAUUCUUCAGCGGAGGAGGAGCCACCCUCCUCACCUGCGCACUGAACAGACUGUCAGCGCCACCCCUACCCCUGCCCCGCCCUGUCCCCUGCCCCGCCCUGCCCCCGCAUCGCCACCAUCGCGCUGGAUCAUGUCUAGCGGGCGAACCGAGGGCAGCCAAUCAGCGGCCCCCGACAGGAGCAGCUGCGGCGAGGACACGCCCCCGCAGGCCCCCGAGCGGCGCAGCCGCAGCGGGAUCAUCAGCGAGCCGCUCAGCAAGAGCCUGAAGAAGUCGCGCGCGCUCUCGCAGUACACCGCCGCGUGCCCCGCCCCCAACGGACUCUCGCAGAAGGGCGCCCCGCACGCCGCCGGCGCCGCCAAGAGCAACUCUACCUCCGCGGCGCACAAGCAGCUCCAGCAGGUGGCGCCGGAGGUGGCGCCCAAACUGGACCGGACCCUGGAGCAGAUGCUGGAGAGCCAGAACGGGCUGCUUCACUUCGCCCAGGCCGCCGCCCUGCUCAAACGGGCGGGCAUGGAGCACGUGCUGUUGCCCGGCGACCAGGGGGCGGGGCUGGGCGACCUGGAGGGCGUGUCCGGCGGCGACACGGCGGGCGGGCCCGGGGACUUCCCGUUCAUGGGCGGCUUCCCGUUCAACCCGGGCCUCUUCAUCAUGACCCCCGCGGGCGUCUUCCUCGCCGACAGCGCGCUGCACAUGGCCGGCCUGGCGGAGUACCCGGCGCAGAGCGAGCUGGCCUCCGCCAUCGGCUCCGGCAAGAAGAAGCGGAAACGCUGCGGCAUGUGCCAGCCCUGCCGCCGGCGCAUUAACUGCGAGCAGUGCAGCAGCUGCCGCAACCGCAAAACCGGCCACCAGAUCUGUAAAUUCCGAAAGUGCGAGGAACUUAAAAAGAAGCCGUCCGCAGCUCUGGAGAAGGUGAUGUUGCCGACGGGAACGGCAUUCCGAUGGUUCCAGUAGCGAGCUCCGCUGCUGCCGCCGUCGCCGCGGCGAUUCCCCCAAAGCUCCGCGAUCAAGUGCAAUGCCACCGCUCGCUCGGACAGUGUCAGGCACGGAUGCUCCGGCUGGAACAAAAACAAAAAAACAAACGAAACAACAAAAAAACAAACAAUCUAACAAACAAAACAGAGCAAGACAAAACAUGACAAACGAAAAAAAGAAGUUACAAAAAAAUAAUGACGAUGAUUAUUAUCAAUGGAUGCACCUGCUUAUUCCUGAACCAAAAAUAAACAUAAAGAAAAAACCUAUGGCAACUUUCAUUCCUUUUCUAUGUUCCAUUUUGGUACCUUUUGACCCCCCCCCCCCCCCCAUUCGCCCCAACUCCCCCAACCGUUUCCCGCGGUUUUCUGUCACUUUGACAUGGAGCUGUUCAUUUGCCAAACAGAAAUGACAAACUGAAUGGACAAUCAACUGAUUUCUGUGUUUGGUGUAUAUGUCGUUAUGUGUGGAAAGAUACAGUACUUGUGUAGAGAAUGUAAAUUUACUGCUAUAUUUUAAAAAAAGAACCUAGUGGCUAAUGAAAGCACUAUUGUAAUUUAGCACCAUUGUUCUUACUUACAACCUGUAUUUUUGAUUGUUUUCUUUUUUAUUUUUGUUUUUUUGUUUUUUUUGUUUCAUUUUUCGUUUUAUGUCAUAAAUCUAUGGUUUUGAAAUUGCGUAAUGUUUGCUAUUAAAAAGAGAAAACAAAAAAACAUUUUUUUUUGAGAUAUAGAAUCCCAAUUUCUGAUCCAACAGGACACAUUUCGGGUGUCAGCUUGAUGUAUCCCACGCCCCCCCAAGCUGAAUUUGGUGCUGAUGACAUCUGAGGACAUCAUUGCUGGUCACUCUGGACUCCAACAAAGCAAUUUCUCCCUGGUAUUUCUGUGGUUCUCAUUGGUGAAUCAGGCAUCUGUGUAUCUCUUCUCAAUUAGGCCUGCCACCCCGAUUGGUCGAAAGGCCUCGAUAUUCAAAAUCAGUGCUCAUUCUCUUACGUUCAAGUAAAAGGUACUGAUUUACUUUUCUUUCCAGCACGUUGCCAGAACUACAUCUUCAAAGUGACAAAAAAGUGAUGUUUGUAUUAAUUUAGAAAUUUGGGCUUGUUUUUGUGAAUAAAAAAAACAAAUGCA